GUUUUCCGCAGACACAGAGGAGAGUCUUGUUUCGCUCCGGAGCUGCGGUGCUGAGGGUUUUUCUGUCUGUGUUGUCAUAUAAAUUACUCCAGCCGAAAACUCAACUUGGUUAAGUGGAUUUUGACGCGACACAAUGGACAACGUCGCAGUUUUAAAACGAAAUCGCGCCAAUAAAGUAAACAAGGAGAAUGCCCAGCCUGCAUAUGGAAGAGAUAAAACAUCUGUUGCUCCAUUCCAUCUGAAAAGCAACAAUAAAGACACAGAGGCAAAGAAUGGUCCUCUUAAAGCCAAGGUCAAAGAGACCGGCAUACGGUCCAUGUCCAGUGAGCCUCCAAAAAAGGUCAAAACUGCCCAGAAAAUUGAAAAAGGAGUUUAUGCCACCGAACAACGGACACAUAGUCAGGCCUUUAUCGCAAAACAGGCUACCAAACACAAGAAGAUGGUUGCCGAAGCUCCAAAGCCAUCAGCUGUUGUGCCGUCAUCCAAGUCAGCCCCUGGUAUGUACAAAGGCAAGAUUGUCCAGUCUAAAAUAGGGUCCAUUUGGAAGUCAAGCACCAGUUUGGACAGGGCAGAUCCCAAAACUGAAAAUCAGAGAGAUGGAAAUGUUUCCAAACAAAGGUCCAAAUCUGUUGAUCUGCCUCAAUGUGGCACAAGAAGACCUGCACCCGCCUCCAGCAGACCAGCUCAGGUAGCCAAGCCUGCUGUCGCCAGUCGCCCUCCUGCCGUAUUCCACUUGGCUUGUCUUACUGCUAGGACUGUGCCUGCAACACUAACCAGUAUCAGCUCCAGAAACCGUACUGUGGCUGCCACCAAGGGAAGUGGGACUUUGACCAUGAAGCCAAAGGUUCCAGUGACAGACAAAAAGGUCAGCAAGCCUCCUGUCACAAGCUCCCUCAGUCACUACAGAUUAAACAUGGAGACUGAUGAGGAAAGAAGAGCAAAACUGGCUGAUUGGCUGGCUGCUAAGGGCAAGACAAGGAAGAGACCAGCCAUGGCGGCAGCAGCACCUUCAAACACCAGAGUCUCUAAGCCUGGAGUUGAUCUCAGAUCCCAGUCUUGUGCCGAGACUCUGCCUGCUUUGCACUCCAAACCUGAACCUGAACCAGAACCCAGACUGGAAGCAUGCAAGGCUGAAGACUGUGCAGACACACAGGAAGUGUUAACAACAGGCAUCGCAACGCCAGUGUUUAUCAACUCUGCAGUAGAGCUGCUUGAGAGCUCUGGAGAUGUGUCUGGAGUGGAUGAUAUUGUUGUGAACUUGUGUGACGCUUUGGAGGCAAUGGCGACGCCCUCUAAUUGCAGUGAUGAAGUUAUACAGGAGCCAGAUGUGUGCAGUGGUGUUGAAAUGGAACAAACCAAACCAAAUAAAGUACAGGAAAAAGAGGAGGUGGCAAGUGACACAGAAGAAAGUGAUGAAAAUGUGGUGGAGUCAGAUGAUGAUGAUGAGGAGGAAGAAGAAAAUGACAGUGAUGAUGUGGCUGAGACCAAACCAGAGGUGGAAGACGCUUCGGUCAUAAAAUACAGCGUGAAAACGACUCCAUACCUGCAAAGUGUCAAGAAGACAAUUGAAGGUGAAGUCAGCACAUCAAGGAGAAAGAGCAACAUCAAAGACCUGAAGUUUCUGACACCGGUGCGCCGCUCUACGCGCAUCAACCGCAAAUCAUCCCGGAUGCCUAUGAUGCUGGUUGAUCACGACCCAUGCGUGUCGUCGCUGGCGGAGUUGGUGAAGCUGGACGACGAUCCCAACGCCUACAUUUACAGAAAAAACCUGGCUCUUCUGGAAGAUCUUCCGGAUGAGCCACGACUGUAAGCGGCUCUGAAUAUCGGUCUUGGUUAAUGUAAAUAAAUUAAUUAAUUAAUAACUAAAUAAAGGCUUCAGUGAUACAAGCCAAAGGCUAUUGGACACUUUACACAAAGAUUAGAUGUUUGUACUAAUCUGCACCUCUUUUAAAUACUAACAAUAUUAAUGUGUUGUUUAUUGUUCUGGGGUGAAAACAAGUCUUGUCUGUUCUGUUUUGAGUGUAUUACAGACUUUUAUCUAUUUAAUGUAAUGUUCAAAUGUAUUGCCAAAUGCACUACAAUAAAAGAAGGUUCUGAUUUUA